ACUGUACUCGGGGCAUCAGGCCUGAGUAUUUAACUGAAGAAAAGACAUUUAAAGUCAAACGUGAUCUCUCAAAUGAUCUUUUUAUCUUUGUCCUGAAACACAUAGACAAAGACAGACUUCAGGUGGGACAGAACUCUUCCACCGUCCUCCUCCGUCUGAAUGUCAGCGGGAUAUUUCCCACAGUAAUAGGAAUAAUAACGCCUGUUGACCAGUUAAACACAGUAGCAGUAAUUAUCCUGUAGGGCAGAUGAACAUGAGCUAAUACACAGUGGUCAAUGCCUGGAGACAGGGAGGAACCGCCGUUGACUUGUUGACUUUUUAAUAUUUAGCCUUUGAUCAUCAUGAACUUCCAUGUUUUCAGGCCAUCAGCUCAGAGUAUUUAACUGUGGAAAAGAUUGCACUGACAUCCAGACGGAGGAGGAAGAGUUGUCACACCUGAGCCACCUCUUACACUGCAUCAGUGAGCCUUGCACCAUGCGUCCUGCUGGGAUCACCGCCUGCCUUCUGGUGGUGUUGAUGCCCAUGUCAGCCACUACACAGUUGACACCUGAAGAAAUGUGCAGUACCAAAUAUAAAGUUCCAUGUACAAAAGACAUGGGUAAAGGCUGGUACCAGAUGGGUCCAAACCGCUGUGUGAAGGCCUUCUUUCACAACGCCCACCUGAGUUUUGAUGACGCAGAGAGAACCUGUCAAAAGUUACCGGGUGGACAUCUGGUGUCAAUCAGGAGCCCUAUAGAGCUGUCUAUAGUGCAAUGUGCCAUGUACAGAGAAACAACUGGAAAAGCUCAUUACUGGAUCGGCCUGAAAAAGCAGAUGCACAAAGUUGCACUUCCGUUUGUUCUUCUGACCUCACAGAGUGAUUAUCAAUUUGUCUGGACUGAUGGAAGUGGACCUUUGUUAGGAUUCUCCCAUUGGGCUAAAAAACAACCAGACAACUUCCUAUGGAGAGAGCACUGCGUUGAGAUGAACUACUGGAGCUGGGGACUCUGGAACGAUGAGCAAUGUUAUCUGGCGAGGCCUUAUGUGUGUUCAAUAAAAGUCUAGUUCAGCAUAAACUUGAAGAGCUGCAGGUGUACCUGUCUGCUUUCACAUCUAUAGAAAUAAAUAUUCAGCAUCAACAUGUCAUGCAUCCUGUUUCUUUUCUGUUUGUACAACCAAUGAUCCCUCUGCCUUCAUGUUAGCAACAGAGCACAAAGCUUCAUGGUGUUACUACGUCAGGACUAACUGAAGGCAGAAUAUGGACUAAAACUAAAACUGGAAAACAAGGAUUUUACGUAGAUUGAACUUGAUAGUUUGAUGUACAAAGUCAUGCUGUUUAAAUUCAUGUUUUGAUACCAAUGAAACAAAGGUGGGGCCAAUGCAAUUCUUACUUAAAGCCAUAUUACUAAAGGCACAUUAAUAAAAUGAAGUCAGCCAUAAUUGAUUUAUUUAAAACUGCUCAAAGAAAAAACAAUUGGUAAAAAUUGGUUAAAAGAAAAAUACAAAAUCACACAGUACCUCACAUUAGUCUACAAUGAAGUACUAACUACAUAUCAUGAAGGAUUGCUUCAUUUAUAUAGAUCAAUUCAUAUAUUAAAAUUGUCUGAAAAGUAUAACAAAUAUUUUCAUUUCAUCUAAAAAGCAUCACUGUGGAAUCUAAAACAAAUGCAGAUAAUUGAGAAGGAUAGAGUAGGAAGAGGAUAGUCAUAAACUGCAUUCAUGGUCCUUACUUUUCAUUGUAAACAGUCGAUACAGAACACCAUGCACUGGGCGUCUGUCGGUCAACUGCCCGUGGUGUCGGUUGAUUGACACUUAUCGUGGGGGUAGGCUCGCCUGAGCCUACUAUUGGUAACCUUCUCUCCGGAUUGAGCAUUACACCCUGCGUAAACUAAUUGACUAAUUACAUAAAACAAAGACAUUAAAGGAAGAUAUAAUGUCAAUGGAUUGCUUUGAAGUUGUUUGUAAAUAUUAAUAUCAAACACGUGGCUUGAGGGAAGGACAAGGAUGCAGAGAUGGGUUGACUGAUACAGAUUUAUCUCAACACUCCACUAUUUAACCAUACUCACAAACAGUUAGGUAACAAAUGAUAAUUCUCCUUGGAAACUAUGACGCGGGUAUGAAUACAUUUAACUUGCAAUGCAAGACACACUGCUACAGGACAAGGGGAGAUGCAGACUAUAAGUAUCCAUGAGGGAGGUGAGGG